UGUUAUGCGCGGUACAUUUUUCGCCAUUCAGGAUUAUCUACCCAAAUACAACUCUUCAGGCGAAGGAUUGGUUUUGAACACCGCCUCUGUUCUUGGAAUAGAAACUUUAUCAAACACACAUGCGUACGGAGCGACUAAACAUGGAGUCGUAGGCCUCGGAAAGAGUCUUGGGAAAGAUGAAUCGUGUCUGAAACAUAACAUUAGAGUAAUAACUCUUUGUCCAGGAUUAAUACACACUCCCAUGAUUGGCGAUUUGAACACUAUCAAGAAACCUAGCGAUGUUAGCGAAGAAGUGGCUGAAAUGUGCAAAAAAGUUUCUUCCACUGACUACAUUGCUGAAGCAGUUUCGGAAAUAAUGAACAAAGCAGAGCACGGUUCAGUUUGGGUUACCGAGGACGAAGAACCUCCAUACCAAUUAGUUUUCCCCAAUAGAAAAGAAAUGCGCAAAACCUCAUGAAAUGCAUUUGAGAUCGAAAAUAUAAAAAAUGUAAUUAAUUUUUUGUCAUUAUGAGCAUUAUCAUGUCAUGUUUAAUGAAAUAAAAUAUU